ACAAAAUUGCCGGUGUAGAUUCCUAUCGAGGGAUGGUUGAAGACGAAGAAGAUUACAUAUGUAGGUGUGUCACACAGCUUUAAGCGACCCAACACUCAUCCAUCCUCCGCUUUUGCCAAAAAGCAGUCCAAGUGAAAGCUACAACACAUCAAAUCGAGUUGGAAACUGCAAAGCCCAAACCAUUAGACACACACCGAAUCCAAACCUCGAAGCCACCCAUCCCUCCACACUCCCACAUACUAACACAGCAUAAAAGCCGCUCUCGUUUGGAGUCUCAUUCCUCGCACAGACACCUCCUUACAUUAAACAGGAAGAGAUGGUGGUGACAUCCUUCUUCGUCCUCCAACUACUAUUCUUGCCUCCCUUUGCGGCUCUCGCACUCGACUUUCACGUCGUGAAACCCCACGACCUCGCCUUCGGCGCCCGCCACCGUCCCGCGAAGCUCGCCCCACUCGGCCACGGCCAUAACAGGCUGUCGUUGAGCUUGUUCCACCGCGACGCGCUCCCCGGCCGUAACUUCUCUGGCCAUCGUCACCGCCUCGACCGCCUCUUGGAGAGGGACUCCCGGCGGGUGGUCACCCUUACGCGCCGCCUAUCCACCGCCAGAUACCAUGUGGACGACUUUGGUUCCGAGGUGGUUUCCGGCUUGGAAGAAGGCAGCGGGGAGUACUUCGUCCGCGUCGGGGUCGGCGUGCCGCCGCGGGACCAGUACUUGGUCGUCGACUCCGGCAGCGACAUCGUGUGGAUCCAAUGCCGGCCGUGCUCGCAGUGUUAUGCCCAGUCUGAGCCGGUGUUCGACCCGGCGGAGUCGGCGUCCUUCGCGGGCGUCGCGUGCGGCUCUCCCAUCUGCGGCCUCCUCCUCUCCGGCGCGUCGGCGGCGGCCGGGUGCCAUGCGGGCGACUGCCGGUAUGCCGUCUCUUACGGCGACGGAUCCUCCACGAAGGGCACCCUGGCGCUGGAGACGCUGACCUUCGGGACGAGCGCCGUCCGAGACGUGGCCAUCGGGUGCGGCCACAGCAACCGCGGCCUCUUCGUGGGCGCCGCCGGAGUUCUGGGCCUGGGCUGGGGGCCCAUGUCCUUCGUAGGCCAGCUCGGCGGCCAGGCCGGCGGCGCCUUCAGCUACUGCCUCGUCAGCCGCGGCUCUGACGCGCCCACCGGCUCGCUUGUCUUCGGCCGGACGGCGGCCGUCCCGGUGGGCGCCGUGUGGGUCCCGCUGCUCCGCAACCUGCGCGCCCCCAGCUUCUACUACGUACGCCUGCUGGGCCUCGGCGUCGGGGGGGUGCGGCUGCCGGUCCUCGAGGACGUGUUCCAGCUAACCGAGGAAGGGGAGGGCGGGGUGGUCAUGGACACCGGCACCGCGGUCACCAGACUACCAGACGCGGCCUACGCGGCGCUGCGCGACGCCUUCGGGGCGGCCACCGCGGGCCUGCCACGGGCGCCCGGGGUGUCCAUCUUCGACACCUGCUACAGCCUUUUCGGGUACCAGAGCGUGCGUGUGCCGACGGUGUCGUUCUACUUCGCCGGCGGCACGAUACUAACGCUUCCCGCCCGGAACUUCUUGAUUCCGGUGGACGACAUGGCGACGUUCUGCUUCGCGUUUGCACCCUCCUCGUCCGGCCUCUCCAUCAUGGGCAACAUCCAACAGGAGGGGAUUCAGAUAACGUUUGAUGCUGCCAAUGGAUUCGUCGGCUUCGGACCCAACACUUGCUAAGUACUUUGUUUAAGCUAUAGAUAUGAAUCCUGGAGACUGCGUAGUAUCUUAGGUUGCAUGAACGCAGGCCACAAGUAUAAUGUACAUAUCGAGUGGCUUCGAAGCAGUAAGUAGAGAGAGCAGAGUUGAUUACUUGUUGCAGACUCUGUUAACUACAAGAGGAACUAAACCAUCUCAUGUUACUCUGUAUGGUUCUCUUGCUCGAAUAAAAGCUACGAGUUUGCAGGAGGGCCC